AUGUCAGAUUUUAACUUAUUUUCAUCAAAAACUGAUGUAAAAAAAUUAUUAUUUGCAACGGAAAAAUUUAAAUUUGAUGAACAAUGUUCAAAUGAUUCAUGGCAAGAUUUACCCGGUGUAACACCAACAUCAGUACUUGCAUCAUUUAUUGAUAAUCAACAUAUUCAAACAAUAUCAUCAUUAUCAUCAUUUACUGAUAAUAGAAAUGAUUAUGGUUGGGAAACUCUUGAUGAUUAUUCAACAAUACCAAAAUCUUAUGGUUUUAAUUAUGAAAAAUUAUCAACUAAACCGACAAGUUAUUGUCGACUCGAUCGACGUGGACAUUGGUUAUUAUUACCACCACCACCAUCACUUCCACCAGUACUUCAUACAAAUACAGAUAAAGAUGUAACAUAUAACGUUGAAAAACAUGUAUCAAAAGAUUCUUGUAAUCAUGAACAAGUUGAACAAAAAUUUCCUGAUUCAUAUGAAAGUUUAACUGUUUCAAUUGAUUUUCAUGUACCAACAGAUGAAGUUAUCAUUGAUUAUGAUACUAUGAGUCAAGAAAAUAUACUACAAUGGAAAAAUAAAAUACAACAAUAUCAAAAUAAAACAUUAGAUGAUAUAUAUGAAGAAACGAGAUGUAUUAAACCUAAUCACGGUAAAGUAGCUAAUCAAUUUGACGAAGAACUAGUUCAAGAACAAUUACGUUAUAACGGUAUACUUGAAAUAUCUUAUAUACGAAAUCAAGGUUGGCCUGUUCGUUUUACAUUUGAAGAAUUUUUAAAACGAUAUAAAUUUAUAUCUUAUCCAGAAAAUAGUCCAAUAAGAAUUAAUGCAAUAACAUGUGAAAAAAUUCUUAAACAACUUUCAUUUACUGAUUAUGUUAUUGGAAAAUCUAAAAUAUUUUUAAAAUUAGAAUAUUUAGAAAUUUUAAAUCAACAUUACGAACAGUAUAUAAAAAAUAUAAUCAUAUGUCAAAAAGUAAUUAAAGGCUUUCUUGUACGACGAAAACUUUUACGUAAAGCUAAACAAAAUGCAAAUGAACGUCAUGUUUUUCUAAAUCAAGUACAUUGUUACGGAAAAAAAACACUGGAGAAACUUGUAUCAUUACCAAAAGUCUCUACGAAGAGCGUUCAACGAAAAUCAUCAAAAACUGAUGAUAGUGGACGUUUAAGUCAUUUUAUUAAAAAACGAUCAAAACAUAAUGAAAAAUCAACUUCACCUGUUGAUGAAGCAAUACCAAUGAGUGAACAAGAACAUAAUGAUAUGUUAAAAGCAGCAAUAAAAUUACAAUUACUUAACAAUGAUGAAAUGGAUGAAUUAAAUGGUGUUGAUCAUCGAAUAACUUCAAAUAAUGCAUUGGGAUCUAUGACAAAAACGCCUGGUGAUGUUAAAUCAUCAUUGGAAGGUUUAUCAGAAUGUGAAGUACGUAUUUUUGUUCAAGAUGAAUUUACACCUGAAACAAUGAUGGCAACUAAACAAGGAAAACAUAAAAAAUUUCCUAUCGAAUCAAAUAUUCAAUUAGGUUCAGGAUUAGCAUGUACAACAGCAUCACAAAAUCCAUUAAAAGUUCAUGAUGGUACAAUUGCUGAAAUGGCUGCUAAAAUUCCUAUUGCACCAACAAUGGAUUUAGCAUCUGCUAAACAAUUAAUAAGACAAACAGAAGUUGCUGCAACUAGUGGUGAUUUAUUUAUGACUGAUUGGUCAGUUGGACAAGAAGAAAAAAAACAUCCAACUAAUGUUCGUUCAAAAUCUGAACCUCGAAAAAUUCUAGCUAAUCUUCAAGAUCAAAAUAUGUUAUCUGAACAAAAACGUGGCAUUAUUAAAAAAAUUCUUAUGUUACAAAGACAAAGAUUUAAAGAUAAUCAAGCACGUAAAAGUAAUGACUUUGAACAUUCAACAUAUAGUUUUAGUCAUAUAAAUCAAUCAUCGAAAAAUGAUGAUCAACAAGCCUUAUUUAAUGAUGACAGUUUAGAUUGUUGGGAUGCACCACGUGCAAUUGAUGUUCGUGAAGCAUAUGAAAAAACGGUUCAUUGUUAUCGAUUAUCAAUGCGAAUGUUAAAACUUGCUACUUAUAUUGUACUUAAUAUUGGUGUAUUAUUAACUGCACUUGUUAGUAAAGGAACUUUAUUACUUAUGACAAACUCGGUGGCAAAAGUACAAGAGACACCCUAUCGAGAACGUUGGGUAUGGAUGUUAUUAGCAGCAGUAUGUGCUCCAUAUAUAUUUACUUUCUUCGAAAGUCUUGGUAAAUGUUUAUUUGGUAAUAAACCAUGGCCAACUGUAAAAAUCUUUACUGUUGUUUUUUUCAUCGAAACUUUACAUAGUUUUGGUAUAGCUAUAUUUGUUUUUCAUAUAUUACCAAAACUUGAUGCUGCAAGAAGUUUAUUAAUAAUGAAUGCUGUAUGUCUUGUACCUGCCUUUUUAAAAUUAUUUUUGACGAAAUCAAAUUCAUCCAUUGUUCAACGAAGUCUUUUAUUUCUUAUGGAUUUUUUUGCAUUUGCUAUGCAAUGUUCAUGUGUUGGUAUUGCAUUAGCAUCGAAAUUUUUAAAAAGUGAUGGACCAAUACAUAUUCAAACAACAGUAUCAUCAUUAUUUUAUCCAGCAAGUACUACUACAUUACCAUUAUUAAAUCGACAUAGACGACAAGAUGAUUCAUUGACUGUUGCUUAUGAUUUAUUUACUUCGGAUGUUAAUGGACAUAAUGAAAAUAUUUUAUUAACAACAUCACCUAGUAAUAUUAGUUCAAUUGAUCAAAAUUUACAAACAAUUUUAGCUGGUUUUCAUAUUGAAUGGGAAUUACCUGUUGCACUUAUUCUGGUUUCAUUAGCUUGGUGGGAAAAUUUUGUUGAUCGUGAUAUUAAAAUUGGUGAUCGUACAAUAGUUCAUAUGAAAUUAUUAAAAGAAAAUAUUCUUGCAACACGUUCAAAAACAUCAAUAAUAAUAACAUGUUGGAAAAUAUUUGUUACUAUUUUAUUUGCUUAUAUAUUUCAUCAUGGUAUAUUUAAUACAUCUGUUAUUUUUCCAAUCAAUACGAGUAAUGAUCAAAUAGAAGAUCCACUACCUAAACUAUCAUCUGGACAAAAUUCUUGGGCAGCAUUAGGUUUUGAUCAACAAUCAACAGAAGGUAUGUUUUCAAUUUUACCACCACGUGAACGUCGUUCAAUUGAUAAUAUAACAACAUAUCUUAAACGAAUAAAACGACAAAUGGAUAAUGAUUUUUCAAAUCAUUUUCCUUCUGAUGAUGAUACAUUAUAUUCAACAAUAGGAGGAAAUAAUAUUGGAGGAAAUAAUGGUGAAGAAACAAAUCCAAAAGAUCGUUGGAUAUUUUAUUUAACACCAAUGAUAUUAAAAAUUCUUUCGGAUGCAUUAUGUUUUUAUAUGGGACGUUUAGCAUGUAAACUAUGCAUGCAACGUGUAUGUUUUGCAUUACCCAUAACAUUAGUAACACCAUUAGCAUUAACAAUAUUACUUGUUAUGUGUUCUAUUGCACCAAAAUCAACUGUUUUUAUUGAAAAUUUUCUUUUUUGGAGUUGUUAUGCUGAUUAUGCUAAAGAAUCAUUUCGAUGGCAAGUUAUAUGUGGUCUUGUUUUAUGGUGGUUAUCAGAAUUAUGGAUUGGUGGACAUAUUUGGUUUGGAAAAAGUCAACGUUUAGCAUUUACAGAACGUUUAUUUGUUUCACCACGGUAUUGUGCAACAUUACUUGAACAAUCUUUAAUGAUGAAUCGACGUCGAAAUGAACGUGAUGAAAUAUUAACUGGUACAUAUGAUGAAAUGGGUACAACAACAAAUGUUGAAGCAGAAUAUGAUGAACAAAGUAUUGAAGAAUUAUCUAUAGAAAAAAAAUUAAGUGCUGAAGUUCAUACAAAAAUUUAUUCAUGUGCAACUAUGUGGCAUGAAACUGAAACAGAAAUGUUACAAUUAUUGAAAUCGAUUAUGAGAUUGGAUAGUGAUCAAUGUGCUCGACGAACAGCUCGAAAUUAUUUACAUCUUAAAGAUCUUGAUUAUUAUGAAUAUGAAGGUCAUAUAUUUUUUGAUGAUGCUAUGGAAGAAGAUGACAAUAAUGAACAAGUACCAAAUAAAUUUGUUCAACAACUACUUGGUGUUGUUGAUCGAGCUGCAACAGCUAUUCAUCAAUGUCCAAUGAAACUUCCUCCACCAUUUAAAACACCAACACCAUAUGGUGGACGUUUAACAUGGGUAUUACCCGGUGGAAAUUUUCUUAUAGCACAUAUAAAAGAUAAAACAAAAAUUCGACAUAAAAAACGAUGGAGUCAAGUCAUGUAUAUGUACUAUUUACUUGGUUAUCGUUUAUUUGGUGAUUUAAAUAUAAUUGAAAAAUUAUAUAAACGAAAACGAAAAAAAAAUACAUCAAAAAGUAAAUCAAAAUUAUUUAAAGGUUUUGGAAAUUUAUUGAAUAAUAUGGAUAAUAAAAAACGAAUACAAAUGGAAAAUACAUAUCUAUUGGCACUUGAUGGUGAUGUUGAUUUUCGACCAGAAGCUGUACGUUUACUUGUUGAUCGAAUGAAAAAAAAUAAAAAAGUCGGUGCUGCUUGUGGUCGAAUUCAUCCAAUUGGUAGUGGUCCAGUUGUUUGGUAUCAAAAAUUCGAAUAUGCUAUUGGUCAUUGGCUUCAAAAAGCAGCUGAACAUAUUCUUGGCUGUGUUAUGUGUAGUCCAGGUUGUUUUAGUCUUUUUCGUGGUUCAGCAUUAAUGGAUGAUCAUGUUCUUCGUACAUAUUGUACAAAAUCAACCGAAGCUCGACAUUAUGUACAAUAUGAUCAAGGUGAAGAUCGUUGGUUAUGUACACUUUUAUUACAAGAAGGAUAUCGUGUUGAAUAUUGUGCUGCAUCAGAUGCUUUGACUUAUGCACCAGAAUCAUUUCAUGAAUUUUUUAAUCAACGUCGACGAUGGGUUCCAUCUACUAUUGCUAAUAUCAUUGAUUUUCUUGCUGAAUAUAAACGAAUUGUACUUGUUAAUGAUAGUAUAUCAUAUUUAUAUAUUAUCUAUCAACUUCUUCUUAUGGUUUCAACAGUACUUGGUCCAGCAACAGUACUUCUUAUGAUUAUCGGAGCAUUCAAUGCAUGUUUUGGUAUGUUAGGAAAAAAAACUUUUAGUUGGAAGAUUGAAAGUACAAGUCUCUGGCAAUCAAUGUAUAUGUCAGUUUUACCAGCAUUUUUUUAUCUACUUUUAUGUUUUCAUACAACAACUGAUUUUCAAAUACGUGCAGCAGCUUUUCUUUCUGCUUUAUAUGCAAUAAUAAUGAUGUCAGUUGUUGUUGGUACAACAAUUCAAAUAGCUGAAGAUUCUUGGACAUCUCCGAAUGCUGUUUUCUUAAUGCUUUUAUUUUCAAUAUUUUUCAUUGCUGCUUGUAUGCAUCCACAAGAAUUUUGGUGUAUAGUUCCUGGUUUACUUUAUUUUUUAUGUAUACCAAGUGGAUAUUUAUUUUUACUUAUUUAUUCACUUUGUAAUCUUAAUAUUGUAUCAUGGGGUACGAGAGAAGCACCAAAAAAAAUUAAAAAAAAUCAAAGUAAAGAAGAAAUUGAACGUGCUAAAAUACAAGAAUUAACACAAGCAAAACAAAAAUCAGCUGGAUUUUUAAAUCAAGUAUUUGUAAAUUUUGAUCUUAAAAAAUAUGAUCAACGUAUACGUUCUUAUGUACGAAAAUGGCUUGGCCUUGAAAGAUCGGGAUUAAAUGGUAUACUCUUACAACAAAUUUUAGAUGCUGUUGAACGAAUGGAAAAAAAUAAAUUUGAUGAAGAAAUGGAAGCUGUAGCUACUACAGGUUUAUAUCCUCAAACAAAUAAACAUCAAGUUGAUUCUGAAAUUGAUCCUAAAUAUGGUCUUAUGCAAUUAGCUGCUCGAACUAGUUCACCAAUGACACGUGCUAGUUAUCCUCAAUCAGAUCAACAACAACAAUUAAUUUAUCGUGGAAUAAAUAAUGCACGAAGUACACCUUAUGGACAAGUUAUGUCAUAUGGUGGUGUAACACGUCCAUUUGAAGCUCCAGUUAUAAAACGAGAUGAACUAGUUAAUCCUGCUUGGAUCUUUCAUGAAUCAUUACAUGGUGCUGAAGUAGUAAUGCUUGAUCCACGUGAAACAAAAUUUUUUCAAGAAUUAAUUGAACAUUAUUUAUAUCCAUUAGUUGAAGAUAAAGAUCAUCAAAAAAAAAUAGUUCGUGAUCUUAAAUCAUUACGUAAUAAUGGUUGUUUUAUAUUUUUUAUGAUAAAUACAUUAUGGCUUGUUAUUAUAUUUUCAUUUCAACUUGUAUCAGAACGUAUACGUGAUUAUGUAUUUAUACCAAUAAAACGUUUACAUAAUGAACCAUUACGUUUUGAACCACUUGGUUUAGCUUUUUUAAUUUUUUUUGCAACUAUUUUACUUAUACAAUUUGUUUCAAUGUUAUGGCAUCGUUAUGGAACAUUAUUACAUUUAUUAGCAUCAACUGAUUUAAAAAUUUGUCAACGAAUGAAUGGAAAAAAUAAUCGUCAUCAUCGACGUGGAGAUUUUACAACAGAUAAUGUUGAAGAUGCUGUUGAACAAGUUAAAGUUUUACAACAAUUAAAAGGUUUUGAUGAAGAAGAUUUACCUGAACCUGAUUAUGAUGAUGAUGAUGAUAAUGAUCAAGGUGAAAAACAAGCAUCAGAACCUGAUAUAUCAACAACAGGACUUAUUUAUCAUGGUGGCAAUCGAUACAUGAGAAAUUCUGCAAAUACAUCACAACAAUGGAGUGAUACAGCUAAAGUAAAUGAUAUGCAAAGAAAUUUAGAUACAACUGAUCAUAGUGAAAUAAGUCAAGUGUGUGGAUAUGUAUCAGGUUCAGUUAAAACAUAUGGAAGUAAUUAUGAAGCUAUAAAACGACGUCAAGUAUCAAAUAAACGUCAUUUAUAUAAUAAAUCACUUGAUCAUGUAUUUAAAUCACGUUAUCAAGCAUUAACACAAAAUAAAAAUCAACCACAACAUCAACAACAACAACCAAAUAAAAAUACACGAAUUAAAUUAAGUGAUGUUUUUCAACAACAACAAUUAGGUUUACCAAGAACUAGACGAACAUCAAGUGCAUUAACAGUACGAGAUAGUGUUAGUACUGGAAAUAUUCAACAACCAACAGCAAUUACAAAAAAGCAUCGAAGGAAAUCAAAAGAUCGACAUUUAGAACAUUUGUAG